AUGGGAAGACCGAACGCAUGCCGAAAGCUUGGGGAAGGAGGAUGCGGAGUGAUAUACGAAGUUGCACUCAUCGAAUCGCCACAUCGACGGUUUGCUUGCAAAGCCGAAGACAAAGACGGUGGACGUGAAGAAGAAAUUCUCAAAAUGGAGGCGAAAGUUAUGAAGAAGAUCAAUCAAGUGAAGAGUGUACAUUGUCCACUAUGGAUUGAAAGCGGCAAAGUGCGUUGCCUUCUUAGUUAAAC